CAAUAAUGACAAAAUAGGCGAAAUAAGAGAAUAGCGCCGUCGCCCCCGCAUCAUGAUGGCGGCCCCGGCAGUGUCCAGUCACUCUGCAAUGAAGUCCUCCCACCUCGCCGCUCUCACCCCGGACUGGAUGAACAAUGAAGUCCUCACCGGUACUUCCAUCAUGGCAGUGGAGUUUGAUGGUGGUGUGGUGGUGGGGGCCGACUCUCGCACCUCCAUGGGUGUUUACGUCUCCAACCGCGUGACAGACAAGUUGACACGGGUCACUGACCACAUCUACUGCUGUCGCUCUGGCUCAGCUGCCGACACCCAGGCCAUUGCUGAUAUAGUGGCCUCUCACAUGGAGCUCCUGGAAGUGAAGCUAGGGGAUCCACCACGGGUUCAGAUUGCAGCCAAUACAUUCAAAGAAAUCUGCUACAACUACCGUGACCAGCUGAUGGCCGGCAUCAUCGUGGCUGGAUGGGACAAGGCCAAGGGGGGUCAGGUUUACACAAUUCCUCUGGGAGGGAUGAUCGUCCGCCAGCCAGUAGCCAUUGGAGGGUCUGGCAGCACCUACGUUUGGGGUCACAUUGAUGCUGCCUACAGACCAAACAUGACUAAAGAGGAGACUGUGGAUUUUGUUAAAAACACGCUGACCUUGGCUCUGACAAGGGACGGCAGCAGCGGCGGGGUGGUGCGGGUUGCUAUCAUCACCAAGGAUGGAGCUGAGCGCCGUGUGUUCCUCCACAAUGAACUCCCUCAGUUCUAUCAGGGAUAGUUUGUUAAAUGUUAUUUGUCAUUCUAUAUAUAGGAGUACUUUAAUCUUUUCUUUAACAGACCUCACCUAUGAACCUUGUGAAGGAUUACAGCUGCGUAAGCUACCAUGCCAGCUUUGCUGAUGAUUUAUCAUUUGUACCAGGAAUGAAGAUGACAAACUGAAAAUAACGGGUACCAUCCCACAAAGUCAUCCAAACUGUUCUCGUGUCAGCCUUAGUUCGUGACUUUCUCAUCUGUCUUUGAUACAGGUUACUUACACUUUUAUGUACUGAAAUUAAAUAAAUUAUUCAGGCAAAA